GUCUUCCACUCUCCUCUGCCAUCCUCCGGAGUCCAGACUGAAGCAGCCGCGAAGGAGCCUCUCUCCCCCUUCUCCCCUCCUUCUCCCUCUCCCUUUCUCGUACCCGCUCUCUCUCCAUCGUCUCCCACGCAGUGAAACAGCAGUAGUAGUGCAGCACGCACCAUCGCCCUCCGUGAAGCACAGCGCAGCGCAGUCCAGCCGCCGUGUCUUCCGUCACACAGUUCUUCUAGCCUCGUCGCCUCCGUCGCAGCAUCUCCCUCUGUCGCAGCAUCUCUGUCGUCCUCUGUAAUGGAGCCUAAGCCUCAGGAAAGGAGAAGGUGAAAGAGGAAGAAUGUGGAAUUAGUGCACAACAUGAAAAUUUCAGUCUCUUGCCUUUUUUUUUUUGCUUCUUGAUUUUUCUGAGUGAGAAACGGCGUUAAUAAUCUCCAGAUUACCAGACACACGGGAAUGCAGAUGGAGCCUGAAGACCCAACAGCGGCGGUCCUCUUGUGUGAAGUGGUGGUGAUGGAGAUCCUCUCUUGGCUUCCUGCAAAGCCUCUGACGCGCCUGAAGCUUGUGUCCAAGUCAUGGAACUCCAUCAUCUCCAACCCUCACUUCGUCAAACUUCACCUCCACCGUUCACCCAAAAAUGGCAUCCUCCUCCUUACGCGAACAAAACCGCUCACCCUCGGCGAAGGAAAAAAAUGGGACUUAGUGUUUAGUAGCGUUGAAUCCUUCAUCCAGAAUCCAUCAUCCACUCUUGUUGCUCAAGAGAAUCGCUACUCCCUAUACGUAGAAGACUGGGUUGUGGCUUCAUGCAACGGGUUGGUUUGUGUGGCCCAUGCUCUUGACCACCCCAAGACCGAUAUUAGUGAUAUCUGGGUGCGUUUAUUGAACCCUCUCACAGGGGGUAUUUCAGAGAACUCGCCGUGCUUACGUGUCGAUAUGCACAAUGUUCUUGGAUUUGGGUAUGAUGAGUCAAGUGAUAGUUACAAGGUACUGGCUAUCAUUUGGGAUUCUUCUGGAACAUUGAUUACGCAAGUUUAUAGCUUUGGUGGCAGUUCAUGGAAGAGGAUCAAAAGUUUUCCUGCUUUUCCGUUUUCUUCUGAAGUUAAUGGCUACUUCAUCGGUGGCACUCUUAAUUGGAUAGCUCUCCGUACCCCGCAUGGAAGUGAUUAUGAUUGGGAUGCUGUUACACUUGAUAUGUUAACGCUUGUUUCUUUUGACCUGAAAUCGGAUACAAGUAAAGAGAUUCCGCUUCCAAAGGGUAUCGAUGAGAUCCCCAGUGAAGAGCCAACUCUGGGAGUUUGGGGAAAUAGCCUGUAUCUUCUUCAUGAUUACCAGAACACUCAUUUUAUUGCAUGGCAAAUGAAGGAGUUUGGAGAUGAAAAUUCUUGGACUCAAUUGCUAAAGAUUAGUUUUCACCAUCUCGGUGUUGAAUGGCUAUCUCCACGAUUUGUAUUUGAGAAUGGAAAUGUCUUCAUGUUGAGCGGCUGCCAUAGUUCUGAGGAAGUUUUUUAUGACCGAAGAGAUAAUAGUGUUAAACGCGUUAAAUUCUCGUACAACCCUCGUUACAUCGUUGCAUUUGAUUAUGUUGAGAGCCUGGUUCAGCUUUGUUAAAAUUUGGUUCCUAUUCAAAGUUUUGCUUCUGCAGCAUUUUGUUCUGUCAGCAAAGUUCAGGUCAUUGUGAUUAUUUUGGGUGAUUCCUUACUUUGGCUACUUCUUGUUGUUGGAUCCAAAUUUGUAGACGGAUCACUUUUAUUUUGGCUGCAAACUUUAUAUAUACAGGGUCUGGAAAAUAUGACACCAAUGAUUACAAAGAUAGACCAGAAGAGUGCAAUAGAGCUUGAAUCAUAUGGCUUGGGUACAAGAAUGGUAAUUCCUACUAGUAGUAGUUAUAGUGAUUAGAUCUUAGCAUGUUGCAACCGUAAUGUUGAGAACUUUAGAUGAUACAACAUUUGUAGCAUGUUAUUGCAAGCAUAGGAAUGUAAGCAGUGAAGAUUAAGAACCAAAAUUUUAUAGAACUAGAAGCAGUUAUUAGGUGAUAUAUAUGUGUGGUAAUUCCUUUGCCAAUGUUAUUAGUUCCUUUAAAAUAUUUACUUGUUUUCAUGAUUUCCAUGGGUGCUGUCACAUCUUAUGGUCAACUAGACAUUUUAUGACAAUAUCUUGUUAUAUUGAAGACCAAGAGCAAUAUUUUCAAUCUUAGUAAUGAUGUUUCUGUA